CGCACACAAUCCAACCGAACGAAAAAAGCUACACAAUGGCGAAUCUGGAAUACCUUUGAUGUGACAUAUUUUUCUCGAUCUCUGUUAGGAAAAAGUGGUUUCUUUGCUUAAUAUUUUUGGAAAGUAUGCUUCCGGGAACCGUUAUGGUACAAGGAAUCGACGUGCAGUGAAAACAAUCCCGUAAAAUUGGUUGUGUUCCAUUCUCGGUCGGAAGAAAAAUCGGACGGUAACUCAGCGGAAGGUGAAAAUAUUUUUUUUCUCGGUCUCGGUCUGAUCGCGGGCGAAAUGACCUUUUUAAGAAAAUGAUAUUUUUCGGUAUUCUAAUCGACGAUUAGUGGUUGAGUGCUUUCCUAAUAUUGUCCCCAAUUUAAGGGGAAAAUUCAGUGAAUUAGUGCAUUGUUGAAGACUAGAACUGAAUCUCUAUUGUGAAGUGGCAAAGAAUAUUUUUUCAUGUACCAUGAAAGACCUAAUGUAUGGACUGAGAAUUUCACUUCCACAAAAUGGUAGCAGCAGAAAUUGAUGUCGUCGUCAAAUUCUACUUCUGCAUGGAAAUACCUACACUAGCCAAAGAAAAUUAACACACUUGUGAAAAAGGUGCCGAAGCGGGUGUAUGCCAUACUUAGGAAACCGAUCCUAAGAUUUCGAAGGAGAUAUCAUAAAUAUCGACAAAGAAUACAGGGUUUUCUUCGAAAAUCUUUCUCGAAAAAAAAAACACCGAACAGAAAGGUGUGACAAGCUGUGAUAAAAUUCGAUAAGCAGCAUCCUUAUGUUCUUGCCUCGGGAGAUCUAAGCUCCGUCCACGUGAGGAAUAAGGACAUUUUUGGUGCUUUAUGCCAUUGAAUCGGUACGAUAUAAGGCCCUUGGCGUUUACUAAUGCUUUGGAAUCAUUGUAGAGAUGAUGAAAUCCAGCACUAAAAAUCCCAACAUCGCAUGGGUUCGAUUCCGACCGAACCGAUUAAUGCGCGCCGUUAACAUUCCGACAGUGUUUCACCAUAAACCGAAAGAAAACAGGUCAUACGCAAAGCAUGGUACUGUAGCUGAAGCAAGUUCUACUUCCAUCACAUCAAGCGCGGAAGUGCCCUUCCCGUCUCCGAACAAGUCUGACUAUAUCUACUUGACACAAUCAACGGAUAGCGACUGUGUAUGCAGUUUUUCGCUGAUCACAAGAUUUCCAUUGGAUGACUUCGGCGCCACCAAGGCGUUUGUUAGCCAUAUUACUGAGUUGAUGCGAACCACUAAUUCUGUGACUAUGAAAUGUGAUUUUAAUGCUUACCUGAAUAAUGUUAGUAUUAGUCGUAAUCUACCACUAGCUGAAUGUACUACUUUAAGCCGUGGCCCGCAAAAAGCGAUCAAAGAUCGGGCAAUUGACGAUGCGUCAUCAUCAUAUUCCAGGCAAAGCUCGUAUACGAAAUUCGACGAAUUGCUGGCAUUGAUCGCCAACGAAAGGGCUUUGUUAAAGCGUGCCGUCAUAGAAUCUCAAGGAAACCUCCGCCCACGCAUGCGACUGUGUGGAGGUGGGGAAGAUUCAAUCAAUAAUGGCACCAGUGCAUGGGGGACACCACCGGCAUCCGCCAACAGCACGAGCGCAUGGGGCAUGGCUAAUCAACAACCGCCGCAAGCAUGGGGCGGCACCCCUGGCAAUAGUAACGCAAACAACAGCAGUAACAAUAACAAUCAACCAGCAACGAGUCAAUCGCAAAGGCAGCCAUCACAAUCACAGGAUCAGAAUGCCAACAAAGCGCCACAACAGGUCCAGAAUACCGCUGGCAGCGGUACCCCGAACGCUUGGAACCGAAAUCCUACUCAACCGACAGGGCAUAAUCCCAACGUUGUUAACAAUAAUUUACAGUUACAGCAACAACCCCAACAGCCACAACCACAACAGCAGCAGCAAAUAGCUCUUGCCAAUAACGGGAAUAUCGCUGCGAAAAGCCAACUCGAGCAACUGAGUAACAUGCGUGAAGCGUUGUUCAGUCAAGACGGUUGGGGUUGCCAAAAUGUGAACCAGGAUACGAACUGGGAAGUGCCAGGAUCUCCUGAACCCGGUAAGGUAGCCGACAACAAUGCGCCAUCGGGUGGAGCUGGAGGAGGAAAUGGACCGAGUGCAUCAGCUUCAGGUUGGAAGCCUUGUAACACUAACAAUGGCACCGAGCUCUGGGAGGCCAAUCUACGAAAUGGUGGUGCCCCUCAAGCACCACAACCAGUGCAGAAGGCUCCCUGGGGUCCAGCGUCCAACAUUGGAGGAACUUGGGGUGAAGACGACGAUUCCGGUGAAGCUAAUGUUUGGAAUGGAGGAGCAACAGCUAAUCCUCAAACACCAGCUGCUCCGCCUGCUUGGGGUCAAAAUAACCCUCCCAUGUGGCCACCAGGUAAUGCUGCUGGACCUAAUCCCGUUUCAGUCAAAAAAGAAAAUGAAUGGGGUGGAGUGGGUGUGAUUGGUGGCAAUGCUAGUGCUACUGCAACCGCUCCGCCAGCCGUGUCCGGAUGGGAUGCAAGAAGUGGGGCUGCACCAUCUGUUAAUAUUCCUGGUCCAAUUGGUCAAAGUACCCCAAUCGAUGCAGCUCGAGACAUUCGUGGUGAUCCACGUGGCAUAUCAGGACGAUUGAAUGGUAAUGUCGGAAUGUGGGAUCAGCCGAAUGUUCCAAACAUUUGCAAAGUUGCAGCAAAAAUUGCACAAGGACCCCUUCCUACUGUAGCUGGCGCUUCUAGUAGCCAAUGGAACGCCCCCAUUCCUAACAAAUUGCCAGGAGCAUGGGAUGAUGCCUCUUCAGCACUGAACACAAGACCAGCGCUAGAUGAUGCUCCUGGUGCGAUUUGGAAUCAAGGACCUUUGUCACGCCAAAAUUCCAAUCCAUCCAAUUGGAAAGACAUGUCAGAUAAUGUUCCACGUAACUCCGUGUCACGAAAUCCUGGUGGAAAUAUGCUGCUUGGUGGACCGGUUGCACGUAACAUGCGUUUAAGCGGAAUAAAUCCGGGAAUGAAACCUGAUAACAAUAUGUGGGGUCAAAAUCAAGGUUUGCCAUUGAACGGUUCCUGGGAUGAUGGCGGAUGGGAAGAUAAAGGUUUGGGAGCCAGCGGUCCGUGGAAUGACUUCGGUCCUAAUAGUCUCUGGAACAAAGGCAAACAAGGCAGUGGAUGGCCUGAUCCUACUGAUAUGAUCGCCGGCGGUGGAGCUGGCACAGACUGGAAUAUGAAUAAGCCACCGAACAAAUUAAGUCAGGCAGACUUCAUACGAAACAGUAAGCAGUAUCGGAUGCUUUGUGAGAAUGGUUUCAAAAAGGAAGAUGUUGAAUGUGCUCUUCGAAAUACGAAUAUGAAUUUCGACGAAUCAUUGGAUAUGUUGCAACGUCACUGUGCGGCGAGUGGUCUGGGUGAUUGGAGGCGCCCGGAUGAUCACUCAGGUAGUGGUUUUGAUACUCCUUUCGCCAACAGGUUCCCGACGGGUCAUGGAUCCGGUAUGCCAUUUUCACAGAAUCUUCUGAAUAAUCUACCGGGCGUUGGUGGUGGCGCUAAUCCCAAUUUGGCGGCGCUGAACAACAUGAAAUAUUUAUCGCAAGGACCGGUAGCGGGUCAUUCAUCGUACACGCAAGGGCCGAAUCCGUUGUCUGCGGCAACGGCCUCCGCAAAUCCACAAAACGCCCAAGCACAACCCUCGACUCAGCAGCUGAGAAUGCUCGUCCAUCAGAUACAGAUGGCAGUGCAUGCCGGAUUCUUAAACCAUCAGAUAUUAAAUCAACCGCUGGCUCCGACAACGUUGCUGCUGCUCAACCAGCUACUCAGUCAAAUAAGACAAAUGCAGCACAUUCAAAACAACCUCGCUAGAAGUGGUGGAGCUACUGGCGUUAGCACCGUGCAACUAACGAUGCAAAUCAACAAACAUAAGGCGCAGAUCUCUCAGCUUCAGCAACAAAUAGCAGCACAGCAAGCAAUCUACGUUAAGCAACAGCAACAACCGCAGCAACAUCAGCCCACCGGUCCUCAUCAGCAGCCUGGAACUCCGAGUGGAAUGAACGCAGGACUCGGUGGAGCGGACUUCCUCCGACAACAGGACCUUGUGUCGUUACAGAGUAACUUCUCCGAUAUGGCUCUUGGAAAAGACCCAGUGACCCCCACUGGGGGAUUUCCACCCAGUGCUGCAGCUGCCGUCAAUAGCAAUGCAGGCGCAACAGUGGGCGCUGGGAUUGCUACCGGUGCCGCUGGUAUUACUAGUCAACAGUCUCGUCUGAAUCAGUGGAAACUGCCAUCGCUUGAUAAGGAAAGCGGUGCCGGUGGUGCUAAUGAUCUCACAGACUUUUCUCGUGCCCCUGGUACGACUGGAAAGUCAACUUUGUCUACUGCGAGUUCCGCAAUGGGCUCUCUAGGUUUACAGGACGGAACUUGGUCUUCUGGACGAUCCCAUAUGGCUGACGGAUGGCCUGAUCAAUCCUCUACUGGCAGCGAUCCGGAAAACAAGGACUGGAAUUCACCCCAAGAUAAUGCAGCAUUCUCCGAUUUAGUGCCAGAGUUUGAGCCAGGAAAACCGUGGAAGGUAAAGGGUGCACAGAUGAAAAUUGACGAGGAUCCUAGUAUAACACCUGGUAGUGUAGCCCGUAGUCCGUUGUCUAUUGCAACAGCAAAGGAGGCUGAUUUGUUCGAUACAGCCGGCAAGACUUCGCCGACGGAUUCGAUGGGUCUAGCGUCUUCCACAUGGGGCUUUAAUUCAUCACAUCCAUCUGGUGGGAAGUUGGUAGCCAAUGCUACCAAAAACACAUGGCCGGAUAACAUUACAUCCACUACUGCAAGCAGUAGUUCUGAUCUCUGGGGAGCGCCGGUGGGAAAAGCUACGCGUGGACCACCACCGGGACUGGGUGCUAAUAAAAACAUUUCAUCUGCUGUUAAUGGCUGGCCCGGAAACAGUGGUGUGCAACGCUCUGGAUCAGGCAGUAGUUGGCCGAGUGGAGCCGGAUGGGGAUCCUCCUGGCUUUUGCUGAAAAAUCUAAAUUCGCAGAUUGAUGUUGCAACACUUCGGACACUGUGCAUGCAACAUGGGCCAUUGCAAAACCUGCAACUGUACGCCGGCCUGGCACUGAUCAAAUACUCUACCCGCGAGGAAGCAAGCAAGGCUCAACAAGCACUCAACAACUGUCCACUUGGUAAUAGUACCAUCGGGGCGGAAUGCCCCAGCGACGCUGAAGUGCAGGCCUACCUACAACAGCUCGGCGCACAAGCUGGGAAUAUUACCAGCAGCGCCAUGGUUCCUCCACCUAAUAGCAGCGGUGGAGUGACAAGCGUUGCCCAAUCCUGGCGUCAAGCUCCCCGAACUAGUGGAUCAGACACUUGGGGUUCCGGGUGGCCACCGACCAGCACCGGCAGUAGUAGUAUAUUCUGGGCACCAUUAGAGGGAGCCACCGAACGAAGCACACCUUCCAACUUGAACUCGUUUUUGCCAGAAAGUUUACUCGGAAGCGAGCUGAAUUAGAAAACCAUUUCUAACUAGGUUUGGUCUCGAGAGCUCUAUUAAGGCGUUGAAAGUCUAAUUAUAAACUCACUUAUUCAUUUUCUACAAGGUUGUGUUUUUACAUAUGUUUUAAAAAUAUGUAUAUUUAUUGUUUUUCUUUUUUGGUGAAAUAAAAUUACACAGGAACUAUC